AUGGACAGAAGAAACCAGACCUGCAUCUAUGAAUGUCUUCUCGUGGGCUUCUCUGAACACCUGGAGCAGCAGGCUCUUUUGUUUGGGCUUUUCCUGGUCAUGUACUUGAUCACUGUGUUGGGGAACCUGCUAAUCAUCCUGGCCAUUGGCUCUGACCUGCACCUCCACACCCCUAUGUACCUCUUCCUGGCCAACCUGUCCUUUUCGGAUAUUGGCUUUAUCUCUACAAUAAUUCCCGAGAUGCUAGAUCAUAUUAGCUCAGGAAUUAAGCUGAUUUCUUAUGGGGAGUAUCUCACACAACUCUAUUUCUUUGGCCUAUUUGCAGAUCUGGACAACUUUCUCCUGGCUGUGAUGGCCCUUGACCGCUAUGUGGCCAUCAGCCAUCCUCUCCAUUAUGCCCUAACCAUGAACUCCCAAUGUUGUGUCCUGUUGGUGGCUGUGUCGUGGGUGAUCACUAUUUUACAUGCCCUAGUGCAUACCCUCCUAGUGACCAGGCUUUCCUUCUGUGGUCCAAAUAUUAUCCCUCACUUUUUCUGUGAUCUGGUCCCACUCCUGAAGCUGGCCUGCUCCAGUACUUAUGUCAAUGAUCUGGUGCUCAUCCUUGUGGCAGGAACACUGCUGAUUGCACCCUUUGUCUGCAUCCUUAUGUCCUACUUUUACAUUGCAUUGGCCAUCCUGAGAAUUGAUUCCCCAAGGGGUAAGCAAAGGGCCUUCUCCAGCUGCACUUCCCACCUCUCUGUGGUCUCUCUGUUCUACAGCACAGCCAUCGGUGUCUAUUUGUGUCCUCCAUCAUCCCACUCAGAUGGAAAGGACAGAGUCUUCUCGGUCAUGUACAUGGUGACUCCCAUGUUGAACCCCUUCAUCUACAGCCUGAGGAACAGGGAUAUGAAGGGGGCACUGGGAAAACUGCUUGGAAUAAAAACAUCCUAA